CCCGCUCGCUCGGGCUCCCGCUCUGGACUCGGCUCCAGUCCCGCUCCGCGCGGCGCUGCUCCGCUAUCGCUCCCGCUCGCCUUGGGCUCGGGCUCCGGCUCCGGUGGCGUCGCCUUCCCAGCAGCGGGUCCCCAGGACCGAGGCAGCGGCCCCCAGCCAUGGCCCGUGCUCAGGCUCUGGUCCUGGCGCUCACCUUCCAGUUCUGCGCGCCGGAGACCGAGACUCCCGCAGCUGGCUGCACUUUUGAGGAGGUGAGUGACCCAGUUGUGCCCUGCGAGUACAGCCAGGCUCAGUAUGAUGACUUCCAGUGGGAGCAAGUGCGGAUCCACCCUGGCACCCGGACCCCUGCAGACCUGCCCCAUGGUGCCUACUUGAUGGUCAAUGCUUCCCAGCAUGCUCCAGGCCAGAGGGCCCAUAUUGUUUUUCAGACCCUGAGCGAAAAUGACACCCACUGUGUGCAGUUCAGCUACUUCCUGUAUAGCCGGGAUGGGCACAGCCCAGGCACCCUAGGCGUCUAUGUGCGUGUGAAUGGGGGCCCUCUGGGCAGUGCUGUGUGGAAUAUGACUGGAUCCCAUGGCCGACAGUGGCACCAGGCUGAGCUGGCCGUCAGUACUUUCUGGCCCAAUGAAUAUCAGGUGCUGUUUGAGGCCCUCAUCUCCCCAGACCACAAGGGCUACAUAGGCUUAGAUGACAUCUUACUGUUCAGCUACCCUUGCGCAAAGGCCCCUCACUUCUCCCGCCUUGGAGAUGUGGAGGUCAAUGCGGGCCAGAAUGCAUCCUUCCAAUGCAUGGCAGCAGGCAGAGCUGCAGAGGCAGAGCGCUUCUUCCUGCAGCGGCAGAGUGGGGUGCUGCUGCCUGCCGCGGGGGUGCGGCACAUCAGCCACCGGCGCUUCCUGGCCACUUUCCCGCUGGCUUCUGUAGGCCGAGCUGAGCAGGAUCUGUAUCGCUGCGUGUCCCAGGCCCCACGAGGGGCUGGUGUCUCCAACUUUGCAGAGCUCAUCGUCAAAGAGCCUCCCACCCCCAUCGCGCCCCCACAGCUGUUGCGUGCAGGCCCCACCUACCUCAUCAUCCAGCUCAACACCAACUCCAUCAUUGGCGACGGGCCGAUCGUGCGCAAGGAGAUAGAGUACCGCAUGGCUCGGGGCCCGUGGGCCGAGGUGCACGCUGUCAAUCUGCAGACCUACAAGCUGUGGCAUCUUGACCCAGACACCGAGUAUGAGAUCAGCGUGCUGCUCACGCGCCCGGGGGAUGGAGGCACAGGCCGCCCGGGGCCACCACUGCUCAGUCGGACCAAGUGUGCAGAGCCCAUGAGGGCCCCCAAAGGCCUGGCUUUGGCUGAGAUCCAGGCUCGCCAGCUGACCCUGCAGUGGGAGCCCCUGGGUUACAACGUGACCCGUUGCCACACUUAUGCUGUGUCCCUCUGCUACCACUACAUCCUGGGUGGCAGCCACAAUCAGACCAUCCGGGAGUGUGUGAAGAUGGAGCGGGGUGCCAGCCGCUACACCAUCAAGAAUCUGCUGCCGUUCAGGAACGUCCAUGUGCGUUUGAUCCUCACAAACCCUGAGGGGCGCAAGGAAGGCAAGGAGGUCACUUUCCAGACAGAUGAAGAUGUGCCUGGUGGGAUUGCAGCUGAGUCCCUAACCUUCACCCCACUGGAGGACAUGAUCUUUCUCAAGUGGGAGGAGCCCCAGGAACCCAAUGGCUGCAUCACUCAGUAUGAGAUCAGCUACCAAAGCAUCGAGUCCUCGGACCCAGCAGUGAAUGUGCCUGGCCCACGGCGCACCAUCUCCAAACUCCGCAAUGAGACUUACCACGUCUUCUCCAACCUGCACCCUGGUACCACCUACCUGUUCUCUGUGCGUGCUCGAACCAGCAAGGGCUUUGGCCAGGCAGCUCUCACUGAGAUUACCACCAACAUCUCAGCUCCCAGCUUUGAUUAUGCUGACAUGCCGUCACCCCUGGGCGAGUCUGAGAACACCAUCACAGUGCUGCUGAGGCCGGCCCAGGGCCGCGGAGCACCCAUCAGCGUGUACCAGGUGGUUGUGGAGGAAGAGCGACCACGGCGGUUGCGGCGGGAGCCAGGAGGUCAGGACUGCUUCUCGGUACCUCUGACCUUUGAGACAGCACUGGCUCGAGGCCUGGUUCACUAUGUUGGGGCUGAGCUGGCUGCCAGCAGCCUGCUUGAGGCCAUGCCCUUCACUGUGGGGGACAACCAGACCUAUCGUGGCUUCUGGAAUCCACCGCUUGAGCCCAGGAAGGCUUACCUCAUCUACUUCCAGGCGGCAAGCCACCUGAAAGGGGAAACCCGGCUGAACUGCAUCCGAAUUGCCAGGAAAGCUGCUUGCAAGGAAAGCAAGCGACCACUCGAAGUGUCCCAGAGAUCGGAGGAGAUGGGGCUCAUCCUGGGCAUCUGUGCAGGUGGCCUUGCUGUUCUCAUUCUCCUCUUGGGGGCCAUCAUUGUCAUCAUUCGCAAAGGGAAGCCAGUGAAUAUGACUAAGGCCACCGUCAACUACCGCCAGGAGAAGACGCACAUGAUGGGUGCCGUGGACCGAAGCUUCACAGACCAGAGCACCCUGCAGGAGGAUGAGCGGCUGGGCCUGUCCUUCAUGGAUGCUCCUGCCUAUAGUCCCCGGGGAGACCAGCGAAGCAGUGGGGUCACCGAGGCCAGCAGCCUCCUGGGGGGCUCCCCUCGGCGCCCAUGUGGCCGGAAGGGCUCCCCGUAUCACACAGGACAGCUGCACCCUGCAGUACGGGUGGCUGACCUCCUGCAACACAUCAACCAGAUGAAGACGGCAGAGGGCUAUGGCUUCAAGCAGGAAUAUGAGAGCUUCUUUGAAGGCUGGGACGCCACCAAAAAGAAAGACAAGCUCAAGGGCAGCCGGCAGGAGACGGUGUCUGCCUAUGACCGUCACCGAGUGAAACUGCACCCAAUGCUGGGAGACCCGGAUGCCGACUACAUCUCCGCCAACUACAUAGACGUAAAGUGCUCUCGCUACUGGCCUGAGGACUCAGACAUGUAUGGGGACAUUAAGAUCACACUGGUAAAGACAGAGACACUGGCUGAGUAUGUGGUGCGCACCUUUGCCCUGGAGCGGAGAGGCUACUCGACCCGGCAUGAGGUCCGCCAGUUCCACUUCACAGCGUGGCCGGAGCAUGGCGUCCCCUACCAUGCCACGGGGCUGCUGGCCUUCAUCAGGCGUGUGAAGGCUUCCACUCCACCUGAUGCUGGGCCCAUUGUCAUCCACUGCAGCGCAGGCACUGGCCGCACAGGCUGCUACAUCGUCCUGGACGUGAUGUUGGACAUGGCUGAGUGUGAGGGCGUCGUGGACAUUUACAACUGUGUGAAGACCCUCUGUUCUCGGCGGGUCAACAUGAUCCAGACUGAGGAACAAUACAUCUUCAUCCAUGAUGCAAUCCUGGAGGCCUGCCUGUGCGGGGAGACUACCAUCCCUGUCAAUGAGUUCAAGGCCACCUACAGGGAGAUGAUCCGAAUUGACCCUCAGAGUAAUUCCUCCCAGCUUCGGGAAGAAUUCCAGACGCUGAACUCGGUCACGCCGCCGCUGGACGUGGAGGAGUGCAGCAUCGCCCUGCUGCCCCGGAACCGCGACAAAAACCGCAGCAUGGAUGUGCUGCCCCCGGACCGCUGCCUGCCCUUCCUGAUCUCCACCGACGGGGACCCUAACAACUACAUCAACGCAGCCCUGACCGACAGCUACACGCGGAGCGCAGCCUUCAUCGUGACCCUGCACCCACUGCAGAGUACCACACCUGACUUCUGGCGGCUGGUCUACGACUAUGGGUGCACCUCCAUUGUCAUGCUCAACCAGCUUAACCAGUCCAACUCCGCCUGGCCCUGCCUGCAGUACUGGCCAGAGCCAGGCCGGCAGCAGUAUGGCCUCAUGGAGGUAGAAUUUGUGUCCGGCACAGCAAAUGAGGAUUUGGUGGCCCGAGUGUUCCGGGUGCAGAACACUUCUCGGCUGCAGGAGGGUCACCUGCUGGUUCGGCACUUCCAGUUCCUGCGCUGGUCUGCUUACCGGGACACACCUGACUCCAGGAAGGCCUUCCUGCACCUGUUGGCUGAGGUGGACAAGUGGCAGGCGGAGAGUGGGGACGGGCGCACUGUGGUGCAUUGUCUAAACGGGGGUGGCCGAAGUGGUACCUUCUGUGCCUGUGCCACGGUCUUGGAGAUGAUCCGCUGUCACAGCCUAGUGGAUGUUUUCUUUGCUGCCAAAACACUUCGGAAUUACAAGCCCAAUAUGGUGGAGACCAUGGAUCAAUACCACUUCUGCUACGAUGUGGCCCUGGAAUACCUGGAGGCUCUGGAAUUGAGAUAGCAGGCGCCUGGCCUGGGGCACCCACUGAGCACCCAGGGCAUGGCUCAUCAUCCCAGACUGGAGAGGAGGGCCUGUGCCCCCAACUUUGCUCAGCCAUAAUUCUACAAGGAGAACACUGGAGUGGACGCUGCACUAUCUUGGUGGCCCCCAUGGGCAGGCUGCGGGCCAAGGAGGAGCUUUGCAAGACUACAGGACUGCAGCCAGCCCCACCUCCAGAGGGCCUUGCAGACCUGUGCUGAGAAACCUGGGACGGUGAAACUGGCCAGAACAGCCAGUACUGGGGACCCCAGGCCAGGCCCCUCCACUCCAUUCCAGUCCUUGGCAAGAAAUGAAUGAGGGCUGCGAGAGAGUGUUCAAGGUUUGCACUCAGUGUGGCCCCCUUCUGCACAUGGUGGAGGCUCACUGGGCUUGGCAGGGGCUGAGUCCCACCUGGCUUAGCCCCUGAGAGUCCUGAAGCUGGGACUCUUCACCGUCUUGCCAGUGGGACACGCUGACCCUCCUGCGGCUCUGUUCUCCAUCCCACUGCCCCUGCAGACCCGGGGGUGCUUUGCUCGCCAUGCUUUCCUACUUCUGCUUCUGAGCUUCCUGCAACAGGGCCUGCGCCUCCCUCCUGGGCUCCAUCCCUGCCUGGCCCAGUAUGUGCAGAAUAUCUCCUCAGCUCCUUCUUUCCUAGCCUUCAGGCCUCCAUGGCUCAGUCCUGCUCAGCGUGGGCCUGUGACAAUCCACAAGGCUGAAUCCCAGCCCCCGGGGUUGAGGUCCCUGUGGCUCUUGGUGAGGCUGCCACUGGGUUGAGGCAGAGUAGAGCAGGGCUGGUGACAGCUCCUAGAGUUCAGAGGAAGAAGGGUGCUAUGGGAUGGAGGACCAGUACUUUUUUGUUGUUAUUUCAUUAUUUUCUUUUUUCUUUUUUCUUUUUUUUUUUUGAUGGGAGGGUGGGAAGUACUCUUUAUAAUGGGGUAGGCCACACCCCCAUUUCGUGCCUCAAUUUCCCCAUCUGUAAACUGUAGAUAUGACUACUGACCUACCUCACAGGGGGCUGUGGGGAGGUGUAAGGUAAUGUUUGUAAAGCACUUUGUAAAUAAACGUGCUCUCUGAAUGCCA